UCGAGUCGUCAAGUCGUCACCAUCAGCUGUAGGGUGUGAAUCAGCUUUCCUAUUUCUUUCUUAUCUGAUAAUUUACAAGUUACAAUAUAUCGCAUUUGCGAAUAAUGUUUGUAGUGGAUAUUAAGUGACCAGUUUCUUCAUGAACAUUCUAAAGUUGUUUAAAUAUUGAAUGAAAGGAAACACGCACGAUGUUUUCGCCUAAGUUUAUGUUUGUAAUAUUUACUCUUUUAAUAAGUGAAUGCGUGCCACGCUCUAUAGAAGAAGAUGAUGAGUCUUUUCUUACUCCACCGAAGUACACAAAAUAUGACGACCUGGUGACUUUAUUUAAUAAACUGGAGGCCUCAUACCCGGAACUCGCUAAAGUUUACUCGAUCGGAAAGUCUGUAGAAGGACGCCGACUUCUUGUGAUACAAAUAAGUGAAGGUGUAAAACAAAUACACCCAGAACGACCAUCAUUUAAAUAUGUCGCAAAUAUGCACGGGGAUGAAUCUGUUGGCCGAGAGUUGGUUAUUUACUUAGCCCAAUAUUUACUCUUAAACUAUGGUAAAGACGAUAGGAUUACAAAGCUGGUGAACAGCACUGAUAUUCAUUUGAUGCCAUCUCUGAAUCCUGAUGGAUUUGAAGCGAGUAAGGAAGGAGACUGCGAAUCCCUCAAAGAUUAUGUAGGAAGAAGCAACGCGAGAGGCGUAGACCUCAAUCGAGAUUUUCCAGAUCAGUUCGAUAAGAAGAAGUCAAACGACGACGAGUAUUUAUUCGGUGGUCGGCAACCAGAGACAGCCGCGCUGAUGAGAUGGGUUCUAUCGAAACAGUUCACGCUCUCUGGAAAUUUACACGGCGGAGCUGUUGUCGCCAGUUAUCCAUACGAUGACUCCAGCACUGGUAAGGAAUGUUGCGUUGAGAGUCAGACUCCAGACGAUAAGUUGUUCAAGUAUCUCGCUGGUGUCUACGCGUCUCGACACGAUCUGAUGAAACGUGGGGAUGCUUGUGAACCCGAAAAGUUCACAGACGGUCUCACUAAUGGUGCUUUUUGGUAUUCAGUCCAAGGUGGUAUGCAAGAUUUCAACUAUCUCCACUCCAAUUGCUUUGAAGUGACUUUCGAGCUCUCCUGCUGCAAGUACCCUCUAGCUGAACAAAUGCCCAAAUUCUGGACCGAUAACCGUGAACCCCUGCUAGCAUUUAUGGAACAAACCAAUAUUGGAAUACGAGGUUUUGUUGUAGAUGAAACAGGAGAGGCUGUUAAGAAUGCUGAAAUACUAGUCGACGGUAUCAACCAUCCGGUUAGAACUACGGAACAUGGGGCAUACUGGCGAUUGUUGCUGCCUGGCCAAUACAAUAUCACAGCUUCCGCACCUGGAUACUCGAGCCCCGAAGUAGUGACGGUGACGGUGUCCGAGGCCGAGCACACCACCGCCAACCUGACCGUCCACCGUCGGCCACGCUCGCUCGCCGCCGGUACGGGUCCAAAUCGGGGCAUGUCAGGAGUGCGUAACAGGUUCGCACGUCAUCCCAUCGACGGUCUUUCCGCAGUGGACUUCUCCCAUCACAAUUACGUCAAGAUGGAAAAGUUCCUCAAGAACUUGGCAUCGUCAUACCCUGACAUCACAAAGCUGACGAGCAUCGGCAAAUCCGUUCAGAACAGAGAACUGUAUGUUCUGGAGAUAACUCGAGAACCUGGAAGGCAUAUACCUGGCAAGCCAGAAUUCAAGUACGUCGCUAACAUGCACGGUAACGAGGUUGUGGGUCGAGAAAUGCUGCUGCUGCUAGCCAAGUACCUCUGCCAGCAAUAUACGAGCGGUGACCAUCGGGUGCAGACAAUCCUCAACAGCACCAGGGUUCAUCUAAUGCCGAGUAUGAAUCCAGACGGAUAUGAGCUUGCGAGAGUCAAGGACUACAGCAGUAUACAUGGCAGGGCGAAUGCGAAUAAAGUCGAUCUGAACAGAAACUUCCCGGACCAAUAUGGACCAACUAAGUAUAACAAGAACCCCGAACCCGAAACACUAGCAGUAAUGAAUUGGACUUUAUCCAUCCCAUUCGUUCUAUCCGCAAACUUACACGGAGGAUCUCUGGUUGCGAACUACCCGUACGACGGCAACCAGGACAUGACUAACGGCGAAGAAAACUUAACUCCGGAUAACGCAGUUUUCGUACAUAUAGCACAAGUUUACUCAAAUGCCCAUCACAAAAUGCAUCUUGGCCAGCCCUGUAAGGACACAAGCGACGAAAACUUCCCAGAAGGCAUCACGAACGGCGCUAAAUGGUACGUAUUAGCUGGUGGAAUGCAAGAUUGGAACUAUUUGCAUUCCAACGACAUGGAGAUAACGCUAGAGCUGGGCUGCUACAAGUUCCCACCGUCAGAAGAUUUACCGACAUAUUGGGAAGACAAUAGAGAAGCCCUGCUGGAAUUCAUUGAAGAGGUCCACAGAGGCGUCACCGGCUUCGUCCACAGCCACAUCGGGCACGGCCUGGCCAACGCCACCAUCUCCGUGUCCGGCAUCCGCCACCCCGUGCGCGCGGCGCGGGACGGCGACUACUGGCGAUUGCUGGUGCCCGGCAGCUACAACAUCACUGCCAGCAAAGAGGGUUAUGAAAGUGUAACGGAGCAAGUAACGGUCCCCGUGAACGGCUCGGUCAGCCUCAACUUCACCUUGAUGCCAGACGACCCUCAGCACUGGUCCUCUGCUUAUGACUUCCGUGUUUUGGACAAUAUAAUGAACAAGCACUACCACACUCCGCUGGAGAUGUACGCGGAGCUGGCGGAGUUAGAGAACAGGUUCCCAGACAUCGCGGAGUUCCGCGCCGGAGACAGCAUGAAAACCGCCACGCUACACGAGCUGAAGAUAACCGAUGAUGCUGGAUCGCCGGAGGAAACUAAAUUCCACAUCGCUCUCAUAAGCAACCUAUACGGCUCACAGCCUCUGGGACAAGAGAUGUUGCUGAACUUUGCGCGGCAUAUUUGCACAGCCUACCAGAUAGGAGAACCCAUACAUAAACGACUAUUGAAAAACGCGGUACUACACUUCAUACCGAAUCUAGACCCAUUGUUCGGAAAAGUACUGAACCUCUACGACCAUACAGAGAAAUGUGAUCUCGAUGUCAUGGAAGAGGAAUUCGGAAGCAGUCUGUACAGUUACUUGACGAAGAAGAAUUUAAAUUCGCUAUCCAACUACACGAGGGAGAAAGCGUUCGUUGGCUUAUUAGAGUCAGAACGAUACGAUUUGAUACUGGAUUUGGGUUCCGGGAGCGAAGAUGUGACUAUCCCCAAUUUCUCCAAAGAAAUUUACGAGAAGUUCGCUCACAAGUACCAGGAUAACAGGACACCGAGUAACAAAUACCCGUGCAAGGAAACCAUGAACGUGCAGCACGAAAAUCUUCUGGAUUUAAUAUACGAGAGGUUCAACGUUCCGAUAGUGUCGGUCGGCCUGAGCUGCUGCAAGAUGCCGCUGGAGGAUGACAUAGCGUGGACGUGGCGGAAUAACUUGCGAGGAAUCAUGAAGUUCAUCGAACAGGCUAAUACUGGCGUGGCGGGCUUCGUGCGCAACGAGCAGGGCGGCGCCAUGCGCGGCGCCGUGCUGGCCGUGGCGGGCAGCGCGCGCCAGUUCCGCGCGUCGCGCAACCUCGCGCACUACCGCGCGCUGCUGCCGCCCGCCGACUACCGCGUCAUCGUGCGCUGCCACGGCUACCGCGACCAGAUGCUGACAUGGCGUGUGGUUGAAGGAGUCGUGAAGCAGAAGGACGUCGUGCUUCGAAGGAUUAACGCUGAGGAAAUCCCCGGAGGGCAGUUCGAAGAUAUACCGAUUCCAAAAGAUCCGGACACUGUAUACAUUACCGGUUUAUCUCUGGAUCGUGACAGCGCCCCCCUCCCCGAAACCGAAUUGACAGUCUUCCCCUUGGAUUCCAAACGACCAAUAUCUUCCAACACCAGUGACCAAUACGGUCGAUACGUGAUCACACUACCUGUCACGUACAUGGGACACGAAGUACUGAUAUCGGCCGUUAAUGAUGGAUUUAUUACGAAGAGCAGGCACGUUAAGAUAAAUAGCAACGAUAAUGUCACACCGAACGUGCUACUCAAGUUGGAGAAAGACGACAAUAUACUCGGGAUGUCACGUUUCGUUUUCGUAAUGGUAGCAGGCGUGGUGGGCGUGGCGGUGGUGGUGGCGGGCGCGUGGUGCUUCGCGCACCGCCAGCGGGCGCAGCUCGCGCGCCGCGACUACCACUUCGUGCAGCUGCCGUCCGACGACAAGCGCCCGCUGUGCGAGGACGAGGCCUACGAUAUUGUCAGGAAGCCGUACUACGAUGAAGAAGAUUUACCGCCGUCUGAGACAGAUUCGGAGGAGGACAUCGUACUGCUCAGAUCAGAACGGGAAUGGAGACCAGUGAACGAUGAGUAGGGAAACGACAUGUCGCAUGUUAUGAUUUCUGCUGAUGCUGCUGAUGCUGCUGACAGUCUUCCAAUGCAGAUCUUUAACCUUGGAUUAUCGACC